AUGCCUCCAUUCUUCCGGCUCCCACCUGAACUGCAUGUCUUAAUCACCUCCUUUCUCCCGAUCGAGGACCAGCUCCAGUUCAGGCUGACCUGUGCCUACAUCUACGAUGUGAUUCCUCCACUGUCGCACGAGGAGCUGCUGCUAGCCGAAUCCACCAACUGGGCCCGUCGGAAAGAUGUCUAUGCCUGCCGUUAUUGCCUCCGGCUGCGCCCUGCAAGUCAAUUUGCAGAGAGCAUGCUACGGCGACGUCGCAGCCGAGAAGGCCGGGAUAGCAGCAAGCGGUUCUGUGUUGACUGUGGUUUGAAACCGCGCAAUGGUACAGCGAGAUACGGUCCCGGUGCUCAUGUCAUUGUCCAUGGCCGGUUUUAUGUAGUGUGUCUCUAUUGCGGAACCUUUCAGCCUGGUGCGACCGACUUCCUCGGCCGGCAUACCUCCUACUGCGUGAAAUGCUCGAGUUGA